GUGCGGUGGCCCACCGGUUGGUACGAGGGCGACUUCCAAAAUAAUCAACUGCACGGUGAAGGAACCCUUGCUCGGCAUGAUGGUGCAGUGUAUGUUGGAACCUGGGUCUGUGAUCACAAGGAGGGUCAAGGGAGAGAGACCUGGCGUGAUGGCCGAUGCUAUCAGGGCAGUUACCUCAAGGAUCGGCGACAUGGCUUCGGCUGUUUCAGGUGGCCAGAUGGCAGACAGUACUGCGGCGAGUGGGCUGCGGGCCGACAGCAUGGCAAGGGUCGUGUGCUCCUUUCCAGUGGCCGAGUUCGUGAAGGUCAUUGGUGCAAUGGCCAGCGUACACGAUGGCUUUCUGAGGCAAGAGAGUUGCAGCCUGGCGAUGACUUCUUGGAGUUGCCUUCCCAGAUGGACCGAACUCUCUGA